AUGGUUGGGGUCCUGCUGGUUACACUCUGGCUGUACAUGGUCACACUUGGCAGCGGAUCUGAACGCUGUGACGACUGGGGUGUGGACACCAUGAAACAGAUCCAGAUUUAUGAUGGGGAACCUGCCAAGAUCAAAUGCCCCCUUUUUGAGACCUUCUUGAAGUAUAACUACAGCACAGCCCAUUCUGCUGGCUUAACCCUCAUCUGGUACAGGAUCGGGCAGGACCGGGAUCUGGAGGAGCCCAUUAAUUUUCGUCUCCCGGACAAUCACAUCAGUAAGGAGAAAGACACCCUUUGGUUCUGGCCUGCUCUUCUCAAUGACACUGGGAAUUACACGUGCAUGCUCAGAAACACAACCUACUGCAGCAAAGUUGCAUUUCCCUUGGAGGUUGUUCCAAAAGACCAACGCUCUUGUGUGAGCCAUUCGAUAAAACCCACUGAGGAGAUGUUCUACUUGGAACACACCAAUGAGAAGAUCAUAUGUCCAGAUAUUGAUGGGUUUUACCCUGCUAGUGUAACGCCAACUGUCAAGUGGUACUUUAAUUGCAACUCUGUAGAUGGCUUCAAUGAGCGAUACCCCCAAGGACCCAGGCUUGUCAUCGGCAUCGUCCGCAGUGUGUACGAAGGGAAUUACACUUGUAUUGUGACAUUCAAGGACCACGGAAGAACCUACAAUCUCACCAGAACCAUAAAGAUGAAGGUGGUGGGAUCUCCAAACAAGGCCUUGCCACCACAAUUCGUCUCUCCAAAUGAGAAAGUUGUCUACGAACUGGAAGCAGGAGAUGACCUUGUUCUGUCCUGUGAGGUCUUCUUCACCUUCCUGAAGGACUCCCGAACUGAGGUGUGGUGGACCAUAGAUGGUAAAAACACAGAUGAUAUCAUGGACACCAAGAUAAAAGUCACACAAAGUGAAAUUACUAGAGAUUUUGAAGACAAAACUGUCAUAAGGACUCUAACAGUUGCAAAAGCCACAUCAGAGGACUUGAAACGGAAUUACACGUGCUAUGCCAGAAACGCCAAAGGCGAGGACCACAGCCAGGCCAUAGUGCGAAUAAAAGUAGUAGCACCAAAGUACACCGUGGAGCUGGUCUGUGGCCUGGGGGCAACCAUCCUGCUUGUUGUGGUGCUGAUCGUCAUCUAUCACGUUUAUUGGCUUGAGAUGGUCCUCUUUUACCGGGCGCAUUUUGGAACAGAUGAAACCAUUCUAGACGGGAAGGAGUACGACGUGUAUGUGUCCUACGCACGCAACGCGGAGGAGGAGGAAUUUGUGCUGCUGACGCUGCGGGGAGUCUUGGAGAAUGAGUUUGGGUACAAGCUGUGUAUCUUCGACAGAGACAGCCUCCCAGGGGGAAUUGUCACAGACGAAACCCUGAGCUUCAUCCAGAAAAGCCAACGUCUGCUUGUUGUCCUGAGCCCCAACUACGUCUUGCAGGGGACACAGGCCCUGCUGGAGCUCAAGGCUGGCCUAGAGAAUAUGGCCUCGAAGGGCAGCAUCAAAGUCAUUCUAGUGCAGUACAAAGCCAUCAAGAAGAGCAAAGUGAAGGAGCUGAAGCAGGCCAAGGCGGCCUUGUCUGUCAUUAAAUGGAAAGGCGAGAAGUCCAAGUUCCCAAAGGGCAGGUUCUGGAAGCAGCUGCAGGUGGAACUGCCAGUGAAAAAAAUGAACAGGAGAUUGAGCUUUGAUGGGCUCAUGCGUAUCCCUGAAAAAUGUUUGAUACCAUCAGAAAACAGAAAACAGACCCCCAAAAUCCAUGGGUUAGGCAAGGGAGUUGGCAGGAACUCAGGGUUUUUGCCAUGA